CUGGAAGGCCGGUCGGCUCCACCGCGGCUCCGAUCGGUUUGCGACGAACGUCAACUAACAGCUAGUCCUGCUAGUCGUCUUCGCUUCCCUCUUCCUCUUCCUCUUCCUCUUCCCUCUUCCUCUUCCUCUUUCUUCCUCCGCCACGUCGCCAGUUUCCUGCCCGUCAACCCCCCCCAGACCGUCCAAUUCCUCCCCCUCCACCAUGGCGGGUCUGCUCAAGAACGUCUUUGGCGGCUCUCAGCCCUCCAACCCGGCCAAGCUCGACGAUGACUUCGCCGACUUCGUUGAAGCCCCGAACCCAUCCCCAGCCUCCUUCGUCGCGGGCUCCUCCUCGACCCCAGCCCUGAACACCCAAGGCCUGGACUCCGCCACCCAAGUCCCCUACACAAAAUGGUACCGGGUGUGGGAACGCACCUCCCCGAAGGACUUCAUGCAGGAAGCCAUGGUGAUGCCCAUCAUCCUGCUGAUCGUCAUCUUCCACUUCUGGGGCACGCGCAAGAACCGCCGCAAGGCGCGCGAAUGGGCGCAAGCCCACCGCACCGCGCUGAGCAGCGAGUUCGCCGUCGUGGGCUUCAACGGUCUCCGCGCCGCGUCCCCCGACGACAUCACCCCGGAGUCUCUGAUCAAGGAACGCUCGGCUCAGGAAUUCGCCUCCUACGCCACCGGCCGUCAGAACGUGGCCUUCGUCGACGUCACCAUCAAGUUGCCCAAGCGGUAUAACCCCGUCACCUUCUGGACGGAGUCCGUGCUCGGUUUCCUGUUUGAGAGCUGGUCCGCCCCCGAGGAAGUCUACGAGGCCACCGCGUAUACCUUCGACGGGAAGGAGAAGGAUGUUGUCCCCGUGCCGGCUAAUGACGGCGGCGCGUCGCUCAAGACCAACAACUCGACGUACGAUGGGUUCAUCUGGGCCGUUGUUCACAAGAAUUACAUGCAGAAGUUCAGGACCGAUCGCUAUGAUGCCAGUAUGACUUUCACGAGGGAUAAUAAUAAGUUGCCCAACUGGGUUACCGUCAUGACGGAGAGUGCAGAGAUUACCGAUGCCAUGAUCACCACCGAAUUGGUCCAGGCGCUCGAGAAGGCCGGAAAUGAUUUCAAGUAUCUGAUUGUUACGGAUCAGCCCGUUGAUAAGCCUUUGAAAAUCGAAGAAACCCACCCCCGCAAACGGAUCGAAUUCGCCGCCUCCCUCCCCUCCUCCCCCGAAGGCUACACCUCCACCCUGCCCCUCUUCAGCCAAUUCCUCCGUCUCGCCGACCGUCUCGUCUCCGUCGGCCGGCUGCGUCCCGAAGUGGUGCGCAAGAUCCGCAACGCGCGCGAGGAGGAGAUCAAGAAGCUGCGCCGCGCCGACGAGGAGGAGAAGGCCGAGGAGCGCAGGCUCGCCGCCGAGAAGGUCAAGAAGGAGGACCGCGAGCGUCUCCUCCGUGGUAUGUCGGCCGACGAGCAGAAGAAGUACCUGGAGCGCGAGUCACAAAAGGAGCAUCGCAGGAUGAUGAAGAAGAGUACCCGGCGGGCGUAA